ACUCCGCCAAAGCAGGUUUGGGAUGCCAGCCGCAUGGGCUGAGGAUGCUCGGUGCCCGCCGCCGAGGGGAGGCAGCGUGAGCCCGAAAAGAGCCUGGAGGGAUCGCGGUGGCAGCGCUGGAGCGCAGCCUCCUCCCGCUCCCACAAUGCACAGGGCGGCGGCGGCGGCAUCGCGCGCCGCGGAGGAGACAGAGGAGGCUACGGAGACCAGGCCUCUAAGGAGGCGAAGCGGUUGAGGACAUUGAGGGAGCGAGGGGGGCGCUGAGGACGCGAGGCUACGGAGGAGACCGCAGGGGCUGCGUGUGUGGAGCAGGCGACUUGGGGAGACUGAGGCGGCGACGGCCGCGGCGGCUGGUACCCGAGUCCCCGAGCACGCGCCUCGGGCUCACGCGGCCGCCGAGCCCCGGAGGUGAUGAUCGUCAGGCUCCCGCCCGCCGCCAGCGCCUGACGCGCCCCGCCCCGGCCCGCCCGGGCCCGCCCGCCAGCUUGGCCCGCCCUGCCCGGCCCGGCCCUUCCUCUACUCCCCGCCCGCCACCGUUUCACCCGCGCGGGCGGCCGCCACGCGAGCUGCGGCCUCCGCCCAGGCGGGGGGCGUCGGCGCUGGGCCCGCCAUGGCCGCGUCCGAGCUCUACACCAAGUUUGCCAGGGUUUGGAUCCCUGACCCUGAGGAAGUAUGGAAAUCGGCAGAGUUGCUCAAGGAUUAUAAGCCUGGAGAUAAAGUGCUCCUGCUUCACCUUGAGGAAGGGAAGGAUUUGGAAUACCGUCUAGAUCCAAAGACCAGUGAGCUCCCUCACUUACGGAACCCUGACAUUCUUGUUGGAGAAAAUGACCUCACAGCCCUCAGCUAUCUCCAUGAGCCCGCUGUGCUACAUAAUCUCCGAGUUCGCUUCAUCGAUUCCAAACUUAUUUAUACAUAUUGUGGAAUAGUCCUGGUAGCUAUAAAUCCCUAUGAGCAGCUGCCUAUUUAUGGAGAAGAUAUUAUUAAUGCUUACAGUGGCCAGAACAUGGGUGACAUGGAUCCUCACAUCUUCGCAGUAGCUGAAGAGGCGUAUAAGCAAAUGGCAAGGGAUGAACGAAAUCAGUCCAUCAUUGUAAGUGGAGAGUCAGGCGCAGGGAAGACAGUCUCUGCUAAGUAUGCCAUGCGGUACUUUGCAACUGUAAGUGGUUCUGCCAGUGAGGCCAAUGUUGAGGAAAAGGUCUUGGCCUCCAACCCCAUCAUGGAGUCAAUUGGAAAUGCCAAAACAACGAGGAAUGAUAAUAGCAGCCGGUUUGGAAAAUAUAUUGAAAUUGGUUUUGACAAGAGGUACAGAAUCAUCGGUGCCAAUAUGAGAACUUACCUUUUAGAGAAAUCCAGAGUGGUGUUCCAGGCAGAAGAGGAGAGAAACUACCAUAUCUUCUAUCAGCUCUGUGCUUCAGCCAAGUUACCUGAGUUUAAAAUGCUGCGGUUAGGAAAUGCAGACAGUUUUCAUUACACGAAGCAAGGAGGCAGCCCUAUGAUAGAAGGGGUAGAUGAUGCGAAGGAGAUGGCGCACACCAGGCAGGCCUGCACUCUGCUGGGAAUUAGUGAAUCUUACCAAAUGGGAAUUUUUCGAAUACUUGCUGGCAUUCUUCACUUAGGCAAUGUUGGAUUUGCAUCUCGAGAUUCAGACAGCUGCACAAUACCUCCCAAGCACGAGCCUCUUACCAUCUUUUGUGACCUUAUGGGUGUGGAUUAUGAAGAGAUGUGUCACUGGCUCUGCCACCGAAAGCUGGCUACUGCCACAGAGACAUACAUCAAGCCCAUCUCCAAGCUGCAGGCCACAAAUGCCCGAGAUGCUUUAGCAAAGCACAUCUAUGCAAAGCUCUUUAACUGGAUUGUUGACCACGUCAAUCAGGCUCUCCAUUCCGCUGUCAAGCAGCACUCUUUUAUUGGCGUGCUGGACAUCUAUGGAUUUGAAACAUUUGAGAUAAAUAGUUUUGAACAGUUCUGCAUAAAUUAUGCAAAUGAAAAACUACAGCAACAAUUCAACAUGCAUGUCUUCAAAUUGGAACAGGAGGAAUAUAUGAAGGAACAAAUUCCAUGGACACUGAUAGAUUUCUAUGAUAAUCAGCCUUGUAUCAAUCUUAUAGAAUCUAAACUGGGCAUUCUUGAUUUGCUGGAUGAGGAAUGUAAGAUGCCUAAAGGCACAGAUGACACAUGGGCCCAAAAACUGUACAACACACAUUUGAACAAAUGUGCCCUUUUUGAGAAGCCCCGCAUGUCAAACAAAGCUUUCAUCAUCAAACAUUUUGCUGACAAAGUGGAGUACCAGUGUGAAGGUUUUCUUGAAAAGAAUAAAGAUACUGUUUUUGAAGAACAAAUUAGAGUCCUUAAGUCAAGCAAGUUUAAGAUGCUUCCAGAGCUAUUUCAAGAUGAUGAGAAGGCUAUCAGUCCCACCUCUGCCACCUCCUCAGGGCGUACUCCUCUCACUCGAGUUCCUGUAAAGCCCACCAAGGGCCGACCCGGCCAGACUGCCAAAGAGCACAAGAAGACAGUGGGACAUCAGUUUCGAAACUCCCUUCACCUGCUUAUGGAAACCCUUAAUGCCACUACUCCUCACUAUGUACGCUGUAUUAAGCCUAAUGAUUUCAAGUUUCCAUUCACAUUUGAUGAGAAGAGGGCAGUGCAGCAGCUAAGAGCAUGUGGUGUCCUAGAGACCAUCCGGAUCAGCGCAGCAGGGUUUCCCUCACGGUGGACUUAUCAAGAGUUUUUCAGCCGGUACCGGGUCCUAAUGAAGCAAAAGGAUGUGCUGGGAGAUAGAAAGCAAACGUGCAAGAAUGUAUUAGAGAAACUGAUAUUGGACAAGGAUAAAUACCAGUUUGGUAAGACAAAGAUCUUUUUCCGUGCUGGUCAAGUGGCCUAUCUAGAAAAAUUGAGGGCUGACAAACUGCGGGCUGCCUGCAUCCGGAUCCAGAAGACCAUUCGUGGGUGGCUACUAAGGAAGAGAUACCUGUGUAUGCAGAGGGCAGCCAUCACAGUGCAGCGAUAUGUGCGGGGCUAUCAGGCUCGAUGCUAUGCUAAGUUUCUGCGCAGAACCAAGGCAGCAACCACCAUUCAAAAGUACUGGCGCAUGUAUGUGGUCCGCAGGAGGUACAAGAUUAGACGAGCUGCCACGAUUGUUAUUCAGUCUUACUUGAGAGGCUACUUGGCAAGAAACAGGUAUCGCAAGAUACUCUGUGAACACAAAGCAGUCAUCAUUCAGAAACGUGUCCGUGGCUGGCUGGCUCGAACACGUUAUAAGAGGACCAUGAAAGCCAUCAUCUACCUUCAGUGCUGCUUCCGGCGGAUGAUGGCCAAGCGUGAGCUGAAGAAACUCAAAAUUGAGGCUCGCUCUGUGGAACGCUACAAGAAGCUCCAUAUUGGCAUGGAGAACAAGAUUAUGCAGCUGCAGCGCAAAGUGGAUGAACAGAAUAAAGACUACAAAUGCCUCAUGGAGAAACUGACCAAUCUGGAAGGAGUAUACAACUCUGAGACUGAAAAACUACGAAAUGAUGUAGAACGUCUUCAGCUAAGCGAAGAGGAAGCUAAGAUUGCCACUGGGCGGGUCCUUAGUCUGCAGGAAGAAAUUGCAAAACUCCGAAAAGACCUGGAACAAACUCGAUCAGAGAAAAAGUCUAUUGAAGAACGAGCAGAUAAAUACAAACAAGAAACUGAGCAGCUGGUGUCGAACUUGAAGGAAGAAAACACUUUGCUGAAGCAGGAAAAGGAGACCCUCAAUCACCUGAUUGUGGAGCAGGCUAAGGAGAUGACAGAAACUAUGGAGAGGAAGUUAGUAGAAGAGACAAAACAACUGGAGCUUGACCUGAAUGAUGAGAGGCUGAGGUAUCAGAACCUUCUGAAUGAGUUCAGUCGCCUGGAGGAGCGCUAUGAUGACCUCAAGGAAGAGAUGACCCUGAUGCUGAAUGUGCCUAAGCCAGGACACAAGAGAACAGACUCUACCCACAGCAGUAAUGAGUCUGAAUACACCUUCAGCUCUGAGUUUGCAGAAACUGAAGACAUUGCACCAAGAACAGAGGAGCCAAUUGAGAAGAAGGUGCCUCUGGAUAUGUCACUAUUCCUUAAGCUCCAGAAGCGUGUCACAGAGCUGGAACAGGAGAAGCAGCUGAUGCAGGAUGAGCUGGACCGCAAGGAAGAACAGGUGUUCCGCAGCAAGGCAAAGGAAGAAGAAAGACCGCAAAUUAGAGGUGCUGAACUGGAAUAUGAGUCCCUCAAGCGUCAGGAACUGGAGUCAGAAAACAAAAAACUGAAAAAUGAGCUGAAUGAGUUGCGCAGAGCCCUCAGUGAGAAAAGUGCCCCAGAAGUGACUGCGCCAGGUGCGCCUGCUUACCGAGUCCUCAUGGAACAGCUGACCUCCGUGAGCGAGGAGCUUGACGUCCGCAAGGAGGAAGUCCUCAUCUUGAGGUCACAGCUGGUGAGCCAGAAAGAAGCCAUCCAACCCAAGGAUGACAAGAAUACAAUGACAGAUUCCACAAUUCUUUUGGAAGAUGUACAGAAAAUGAAAGACAAAGGUGAAAUAGCACAAGCAUAUAUUGGUUUGAAAGAAACGAACAGAUCUUCUACUAUGGAUUACCAAGAGUUGAAUGAGGAUGGAGAGCUCUGGCUGGUUUAUGAAGGGUUAAAACAAGCCAACAGGCUCUUAGAAUCCCAGCUACAGUCGCAGAAAAGGAGCCAUGAGAAUGAGGCUGAGGCCCUCCGUGGGGAGAUUCAGAGCCUAAAGGAAGAAAACAACCGACAACAGCAGCUGCUGGCCCAGAACCUGCAGCUGCCCCCUGAGGCUCGCAUUGAGGCCAGCCUGCAGCAUGAGAUCACCCGACUGACCAACGAAAACCUGGAUCUGAUGGAACAACUUGAAAAGCAGGAUAAAACUGUCCGGAAACUGAAGAAACAACUGAAAGUCUUUGCCAAAAAAAUUGGUGAACUAGAAGUGGGGCAGAUGGAGAACAUAUCUCCAGGACAGAUCAUCGAUGAGCCUAUCCGGCCAGUCAACAUUCCGCGGAAGGAAAAGGAUUUCCAAGGAAUGCUGGAGUACAAAAGGGAGGAUGAGCAGAAGCUUGUGAAGAACCUGAUUCUAGAACUUAAGCCACGUGGUGUGGCUGUCAAUCUGAUUCCAGGGUUACCAGCAUAUAUCUUGUUUAUGUGUGUACGACAUGCCGACUACCUGAACGAUGAUCAGAAAGUAAGAUCAUUGCUGACAUCAACAAUUAACAGCAUCAAAAAAGUCUUGAAGAAAAGAGGUGACGAUUUUGAAACCGUCUCCUUCUGGCUCUCUAACACGUGUCGGUUUCUUCACUGUUUGAAGCAAUAUAGUGGAGAGGAGGGUUUCAUGAAGCACAACACGUCUCGCCAGAAUGAACACUGCCUCACCAAUUUUGACCUUGCUGAAUAUCGGCAAGUACUGAGUGACUUGGCCAUUCAGAUCUAUCAGCAGCUUGUGAGGGUGUUAGAGAACAUUCUUCAGCCAAUGAUAGUCUCAGGCAUGCUAGAGCAUGAAACAAUUCAGGGUGUAUCUGGGGUGAAGCCCACAGGGCUCAGAAAGCGAACCUCCAGUAUCGCAGACGAGGGCACCUACACACUGGACUCCAUCCUACGGCAGCUCAACUCCUUCCACUCAGUCAUGUGUCAGCAUGGCAUGGACCCAGAGCUAAUCAAGCAAGUGGUCAAGCAGAUGUUCUACAUUGUGGGCGCCAUCACCCUAAACAACCUCCUCCUGCGCAAGGACAUGUGCUCCUGGAGCAAGGGCAUGCAGAUCAGGUACAAUGUCAGUCAACUGGAAGAAUGGCUACGUGACAAGAAUCUCAUGAACAGUGGGGCCAAGGAGACUCUGGAACCUCUUAUCCAGGCCGCUCAGCUUUUGCAAGUGAAAAAGAAAACUGACGAUGACGCAGAAGCCAUCUGCUCCAUGUGCAACGCCCUGACCACAGCCCAGAUUGUCAAAGUGUUGAAUCUGUACACACCUGUUAAUGAGUUUGAAGAAAGGGUCUCAGUUUCAUUUAUCCGCACUAUCCAGAUGCGGUUACGAGACAGGAAAGACUCUCCACAGCUGCUCAUGGAUGCGAAACACAUCUUUCCUGUCACUUUCCCCUUUAACCCAUCCUCCCUGGCCCUGGAAACCAUCCAGAUCCCAGCCAGCCUGGGGCUGGGCUUCAUCGCACGGGUCUGAAGUGCUGUUCAAGCAAACGUAGAAAAUGCAUCUCUCCUCAGAAUAUGAACAGUUGUUUCCAGUGAACUACUGAAAAUGCAUUUUUAAAGAAAAAGUACUGAUUAUCUCUAAAGGAAGAUGUUAACUGGAAAUUCACCCCUCCCCCCAGAAUCCUUUUGAUCAACCAACCCGGAAGACACUUGUACUGUUACCUUUAAACAACAUUCAUUCUUUAUCAGUUGGAAACCCUGAGUUUACAUACAGCUGAAAGGUGGCAGGGAGGAGUGAAAGGAAGGAUAAAGGGGGCGUGUCUUCAGCUGACUGCAUUUAGUUUAAAUCUUUAGUGCUGCAUUUAAGUGGCAUACAAAAUACAAUCCCAUAUGUAGGAACUGUUGUGAACAAGGCACAAAGAACUGAAGAAAAUCACUGAAUACAUAUCAUAGCAGCUUUGGAGCCAAUUAUGUUGAUAUUGUCAAACUGGAUCGAAAAAAUAAACUGGCAACAUUAAAGCAACUGGCCAAGUAACUUCCUUCUCUGUGUCACUAUGGCAUAGCGAUGUGAAAGAUGCUGUUUUGUAGGCCGCGUAAAUGCCCGUUUGUACUGUAGCUUACUGAGCAUCUUAAGUGGCUGCUGUGUGCUGUCUCCUGACCUAAGUCAUAGUCUUACUAGGACUACAAAAGAAGCUUCUCUUUCAUCAGCUCUGUUUACAAGUCAACCAGAUCAGUUCUAACCAGAUAUCUAUGCCGUUAUCCACAGGCUCAUCCGCACGGGUAGCAGACUCUAGGGAAGUACAGUUACAGAGUGGCUGUUGAUGUCAUUGCUGAUCGGGAUUACACAUUGAUAAGUCACCUGUGUGGAUAUCACAUCGUGGUACAGUGUUGUGUAAAGCUACUUGUUUUUAGUUCCCAAAUCUGAUUCUUGCCAUGCUGACUUGACGAGUUUUCUUUUUAAUUUAUUAGGUGUUAGUUUCAGUCACUAUCUAGAAAGAACUGUCAGAAUAUUUAUGAUUAAGAUCUUGAAACUGUUUAUCCUAUAGGUUAUUCAAAAUAGGCAUAUAAAUAAAUCAUUAUAAUUCAGAGAGCUUAGGUGUUGCAACCUCUAUAUGCUCUCAGAUACCACUGGAUACUUUAAAAAAUCAUAUUAUAAAUACAUUAAGAAGAUUUAUGUAAGAAGUAUAAAAAAAUUAUUAAACUUUAUAGAGGAUUUGGUUCAGUGAGACCCAGAUUCUGUACCUUUUCAUUAUGAAAUUCUAAUUAAGCAUAUUCUCCAUUUUUUUCUGGAAAUCUUAUAUAGUAAAUCCUUUGGGUUUUGCAAGAGCAAAUUCUUAGCUUUCAUUCCUCAGGUUCUUAAUUACAAUCAUCAAUUUGUAUAGUUUAACUGUAAGAUGGUCUAUAGCAGUGACAUUUAAAUAUGUGCAAUAUUAUUAAUGAGAGCUAAACAGUUUCAAGUCAAUGAUAAAUACUGUUAUUAAACAGCAAUUAUUGUUCAUUAUCUUACUGAAGCCUGAAUGUCCUUGUUUAUAAAGUAAGAGGGUUGGACAACUGGUUGUUCCAGCCACUUCCCUGUUUACAGUUCACUUAUACUUGGUUCCUAGAGAAAGGGGUCACAGUCACUCUGUCCUGCUGUAGAGACCAGUGUCUAGUGCCUGCCACUUCCCUAAGGUCAGUACACUAAUCACAAGUUUAUGUAGCCAAAACCUUUCUUAAUAUAGAUCAUUUAGGGACUUUACAACACCCUAAUUAUUUGUAUUAUUUGAAAGUUACUUAGUUUAAGUAAUUUUUGCUCCAUGAUAAACUUUUUGUUUGUUUGUUUGUUUGUUUAGGGAAUUAAACCCAGGGCCUCAUUGUGUACUCUAUCAUUGAGCUACAGUCUCAGUCUUUAUUCAGUUGCAGUACAUUUAUUUAUUUGCAGAACCUAAAACACUAAUCACCCUCAGUUUUCCUGGGUUUUCAGUAUUGUUUCAGUGAACAGGUAGUGCUUAAAGCCAUCUCACUAGUACUGAGUGUGUCAGGUCGCAAGGGGGAUCGGGUGGGAGAACUGCCGAGCAAACAGCGCCACAUGUAGGCUCUUCCCUCACUCAGCCCUGGCAGCCGCCCACACCCUGCUCCCAGCUUAGUCCUGAGUGGGAUGCUGAUGCACACCCUGAAUCUUGUCUUCAGGACAUAUGCUGUCAUAUCCACUGUCCCUGAACCCUAGUCUCCUACUUCAGACAUCUGCGCCCGACAGUUUUUAGCACUUCCGCUCAUUUUUCUCUGUUGUCAGGAGCUUGGGCUCCUGUUCUACAGCUGCUCCCAUUUUGUGGUUCUCCUGGUUCAGUGACAAUGGUUCAGAGUCUAUGGUUCCAAGCUUAGACUCUCUCAAGCUGCUCAGCCCCCCAUGGUGACUGUGUCCACUGCUUUGUUAAGGAGGGAGGCACCAGGCUUGUGCUCACAGGCGUCCUUUGGGCUGAGUGAGGACCACUCACCUCUACUCUGUCAUCUAUACUCCCAUAGCUUCAAACACACACCCAGCCUCUCCCUGCCUGUCCCAUCCCCCACUUCCCUAAUCUUUCCAGCCUGAUGGCUUUCUGUGGCCCUGGUCGGCAUGCAUGGGACUCACCUUUUGGUGUUCUGUGUACACUCCCGACCUGUCCUUGCUCUGUGCUCCUUAACGUUAUCACUAAUUGGCUUUUUUCACAAUUCCACUAUGACAUGCUUGGACUACAAAGAAGGAGCUCUUGAAAGACACAGCGGUUCUUCCUCACAAUGAGCCCCUCCCAGUAGCCUCCACUUUCCCUGCAGCAGAUGCAGCUCAUUCCCUUGGCGUCCGUCCGCAGAGAGGAGAGGAGCAGUUUCCCAUCCCUUCUUGCAGCUUUUCUUAGCCCAAGGCUUGAAUCUGCCUUAGAGUAACUCAGAAUAGGGAAACACAAAUCAAAACGCACAAAGGACAACUUGGUGGUUCCCUCGGAGCUUUGAACACUCCAUGCUACCUGCACUGCUUUAGAAAGCAAAUGUACAGAACUAUAAUCCAAAGCCGAGUGAUGGGGGAUGUAGCUCUGGGCCGGUUUAGAUGACUUGCUUUGUUACUGACUCAUUUCAGCAGCUAAAGAAAGACUCCUUAUGGGUGAGCAAGUGUGUAUAAUACACAUAUUCUUUAAUAGUGCAUACAGAAGGCUAUGAAAAUACUUCAGGUCUCAGUGUCUUGUUUUUUGUGAGAAAAUAGUUUUCUGACAAUUGUAGGAAAAGAGGAGCUGCCGCCAUCCUGAGAACUCCACAUGGAGUCCCUCUUUCUCACACACGCGCAUACACACAGUCACCAGUGGAGAGUUCUUCAGGAGGCGUGGUCAAGGGUCCCCUGGGUAACAUCAGCCUGUUAGGAUGAAGAGCAAAUGUCCGUGUGUGACGCUGCAUGGCCCUGUUGAAAGUAGUGCAGAAAUAGUACCCAUAAUGCAUGUGCUUCAUGCCAGCAACUCUUCCUCUGUUACCUCACUUCCUCACAGCGUCCACAGGAGACAGCUCCCACAAUCAGUGGGGAUGAUAAGUUGGGACAGUGGUGUGGUCAGGGACUCGCUGGGGGCGACACUGCCCUUUAGCAGUAAGGGCAGAGGCUGUCCUGUCUCUCCUGAUGCUGUAGGGUGCUCUGGGCUACUAAGGGUGCUCUUCAUCUUUAUUGGCAUGUGGGAAAAGACAAAUGAUGAGCACCAACUUUCUCCUUGGGAGGUCAGUGCAUAGUGCUUACAGCACCAACUGUGACUAGGCUUGCCUUUGGUAGUGAGCCAGUACUCCUUGACAGGGUGUGGACUCUCAAGUUAGAGGCUGUCUGAACUAGAAGGGCAGGAAGCAGUGAAAACCUCAGAUGUGAAGAGGCAAGGCAGGCCACUCUCCACAACCCUGAGCUUUCCCUGGGAGAGCCCCUGGCUGAACUGCAGAGAGCUCUCUAGUCUUAGUGUGAGGCACCAUGGGACCCAGGACACUUUAGUCCCUCCCUCCCUGGGGCUGUCUGCCAUUGGUGAGUCAGAGUAAACUUUGAAGUGCCACAGCUUGCUUCAGGGGAGGAGGUAGGAGCUGUGCUGUGGGCAUGCAUGCUUGAGGCCACAAGCAUUUUGUGGUAAGUGCUUUGUAGUUUGUUCUCAGGCUGUGCUGUGAGGGCCGCCUUAACCCUUGCCCCUUCCCUUUUAGAGCUGCCUUAAGUUCGCCAGAACUUGUCCUCAGUGAGGGGUAUCCUGCCAUGUUUCUCAAGGUUUUGUAAGGAUUCGGAUUGGGUGUGGCUUCCAACCACUUAGUCCUUUCUCCCCUUCCUGCAUCUCCUGCUACCUGUGUACUGCCAUUUCCAACCAGAGGUUAGAAUUUAUAAAGCAACCAAUGAAAUGUUAGCUUUAGGAAUAUUUCUGGGUUAGCGCAACUCCCUGUAACAGUAAGCAAAUCAGCAUGCGUGGAAGCAGGAGGGAAGUCAGACUAUCCGUGGGUGUCUUGCCUUUCACUAACUCUUUCUAAUAAAGGCAAAAAUACAACUCUAAAAACUUUGUGUGGACAUCCUUUUAAACUGUAAGGUGCCCUACUGUAAAAGGCCGAGUAAAAACAAGAAAGUAGCUGUAUUAAGUUCUAAUUCAUUACAGUACCUAAAGUCACUUUAGAAUUAUAGUCAGUAGGUCAAAAAGCAAAAGAUGCCAUGUCAGACAGCUCCCAGAUGCAUUCUAUAUAUUUUUAUUGUAUAAUUUGGUCUCCUAAAAAAUGUUCAUUAGCUUAACUUAAUGGGUAGAAUUAGACUCAUAACAUAUCUGAAAACAACUAACAUUUCCUUGGCAUUGUGAUAUUGUUUGGAAUAGUUGGGGAAAUUUUAGGUUUGUUUUUGAAAGUUGAAAUUCCCGUGUAUAAUUUAAUGCUUAGAAAGUGAAUACAGCCCCAUGCAUUUUCCAGAGUCAAUAGUUUCAAAUAACAUCGUUACUAUGUGUAAUAAAAUCUUAGCCUCUCUAAGUCAUGUGAGACAUUUUUCCCACAAAAGGUGAUUUCUUCGUUAAAUGUGGAUCUGUGUGUGGUUGUGAUUUAUGAUCCACAAUUAUGUUCUUUUGUUGGUUCCUGAAGUAACAAUAAUUUUCCUGUGUUUUUGGAAAGUUCCAGUUGUUCCAGCAGUAUUGUACAGAUGGGCUCAUGGCAUUUAACAUACUGUGGUUUUUAUCUUAACUGUUUAGCACUUAUUGUGAAAUGGACCUGCCUUUGAAAUACAGUAAAUGGGACAUUGCAGUUUUCAAAUCUUUUUCUUCCUUGGAUCUGGAGAAAGAAUUUUCUUGAUCUACACAGUUCAUCUCUGCAAAGUGGUUAGUUAAGGAAGCAGAAGUGAUGAAAGGUGAGAGGUAUUACCAAACCUCUUUGGAAUUAAACUGAACCCAUUCUAGAGUAUCGCACAGGAGAUCUUCUAGAAUGUUAAUAAUUCACCUCAUAUCAACAAAAGCCUUGGAAACGUGAGUUUUUCACUGGGUAUUACCUAAUGCUAAAAGGAAAGCCAAAACAAUAUCAGAAUGACAUUUUAUGCUCUAAAUUUAUUGCUGUCUAAUGUGCUUAGUGUGUAUCUGUCAUUAGUGCUGUAUUCUCCUAGCUAUGGUAGAAAAUUGUUGAAAUAAAGAUAAGGAUAUAAA